CCUGCAGGCGGGGCUCGGCCAGGAACGAGCGAGCUGGGCUGCGUCGCGCUCGGGCUCAGUGCCCCCGCCCGGCGCAGCCUCCGGCUCAGGCCGCCCGAGCGCCCGUGCCCAUUUAAGGAGGCGGACCGUACCACCAGAACUUUCCUGACAGGGGGUAUUCGGGCGAACUCGGACAACUUUCAGGGAGCCAAAAGACGAUCUCGUUUCCCUUCUAACGCUGGCCCGAGUUCUCGUGCCGCUCGGUGGGAGCUGUGCGCUGCUGGGCUUUGGGCGAGGGCUCUUCGGGUUUCCCUUCCCCGAAAUCGCCCCGAGGGAUUUCACUUGCUCUCAUUUCGGACGCAGCAUUCCCUGAGCUGGUCCAAAGUGUAGUUCGCCUGCAGAGGCCCCAGUGCCCGGAUGUCCAUCAGGAUUAGUGCGAGCCAAUACGGUCGCAGCCCGAGGCUGCGCUGAGGGCUCCUGGACCCGGGAGCAGGUAGUCCCGUAACACCGGGGAGUUGCGCUGGGGAGCUCGUCCCCGCCCGGCCCCGGCAAAUGGUGAGCGCGGCGCUGGCAGAAGGGCCGCGGGUGGAAGGCUCUGAUGGACAGACCUUGAGUUCAGCAAACUGAAUUAUGGCAGCCCAGUCAAGCUUGUACAAUGAAGACAGAAACCUGCUUCGAAUUAGAGAGAAGGAAAGACGCAACCAGGAAGCUCACCAAGAGAAAGAGGCAUUUCCUGAAAAGAUCCCCCUUUUUGGAGCACCCUACAAGACAGAAAAAGGUGAUGAGCUAUCCAGUCGAAUACAGAACAUGUUGGGAAACUAUGAAGAAGUGAAGGAGUUCCUCAGUACCAAAUCCCACCCUCAUUGCUUGGAUGCUUCUGAAAAUAGGUUGGGAAAGCCAAGAUAUCCUUCAUUUCCUGAGAAGGGGAGCAGCAUUCCAUCCCACCCCUUCCACUCCAGUGCCCACCACCAGCCUGUUAACACUCCUGCCUCUGGACCACUUCCUGUUGGCAACAUCAGCCACAAUCCAAAGAUGGCACAGCCAAGAAUGGAACCAAUGUCAAAUCCUCAUGUCAGAAGCUAUGGCCCACCAGACAGCCAGCACCUGACCCAAGAUCGCCUCGGUCAGGAGGGCUGCGGCUCUGCUCAUCACAAAAAAGGUGACCGAAGAGCUGAUGGAGACCGCUGUGCUUUGGUGACAGACUCUGCCCCAGAGAGGGCGCUUUCUCCCCUGCUCUCCUUGCCCUCCCCAGUGGCGCCCUUGUCACCUGUACAUUCCAACCAGCAAACUCUUCCCAGGACACAAGGAAGCAACAAGGUUCACAGCAGUAACAGUAACAAUAAAGGCUAUUGUCCGGCCAAAUCUCCCAAAGACCUAGUGGUCAAGGUCCAUGAUAGAGAGACCCCUCAAGACAGUUUAGUGGCAGUUGCCAGCCUUGGGGUAGCCCCUCCCCAGCCACCUUCUCAGACCUUCCCUCCUCCUCCCCUCCCUUCAAAAACUGUGGCAAUGCAGCAGAAGCCCACGGCUUAUGUCCGGCCCAUGGAUGGUCAAGAUCAGGCUCCAAGUGAGUCUCCUGAACUGAAACCACUGCCGGAGGACUACCGGCAGCAGAUCUUUGAAAAAACAGACUUAAAAGUGCCUGCCAAAGCCAAGCUCACCAAGCUGAAGAUGCCUUCUCAGUCAGUUGAGCAGACCUACUCCAAUGAAGUUCAUUGUGUUGAAGAGAUUCUAAAGGAAAUGACCCAUUCAUGGCCGCCUCCUUUGACAGCAAUACAUACGCCCAGUACAGCUGAGCCCUCCAAAUUUCCUUUUCCGACAAAGGAUUCUCAGCACAUCAGUUCUGCACCCCAAAACCAAAAACAAUAUGAUACAUCUUCAAAAAACCACACUAAUUCUCAACAGGGAACAUCUAUGCUCGAAGAUGACCUUCAGCUCAGUGACAGUGAGGACAGUGACAACGAACAAAGCCCAGAGAAGCCUCCUUCUGCCUCUGCACCGCCCAGUGCUCCGCAGUCGCUUCCAGAAGCCGCGGCCUCAGCACAUUCCAGCAGUGCCGAGUCAGAGAGCACCAGUGACUCAGACAGCUCCUCGGACUCGGAGAGUGAGAGCAGCUCAAGUGACAGCGAAGAGAAUGAGCCCCUAGAAACUCCGGCUCCCGAGCCUGAGCCUCCUCCAACAAACAAAUGGCAGCUGGACAACUGGCUGACCAAAGUGAGCCAGCCGGCCGCCCCGCCGGACGCCCUGGGGAGCGCGGAGCCUCCGCCUCGACACCCGGACGGUAAGGGUAAGGGCGGGGACAGCGGCGGCCCGCCCUCUGGUCACGAGCGCUCGGAGUCCCAAGAUCCUCCCCUCAAAACCUCCAUCAAAGGCCCUCGGGGCCCCGCUGAAGGCCCCCACGCCAGCAAGAGGAGCUGUCAGAAGUCUCCCGCCCAGCAGGAGGCUACUCAGAGGCAGACCGUUGGAACCAAACAACCCAAAAAGCCGGUCAAGGCCCCUGCACAGGCCGACUCGCGGGCGGGCCUGCAGGUGGAAAGCGAGCCGGGACCCCCUCCCUACGGCUCCAAAGACCAGCCUUCCAAAGACAAGCCCAAGGUGAAGACGAAAGGGAGGCCCCGCGCCGGAGACGGCCGAGAGCCCAAGCCCGCGGCACCCAGCCCCAGCGAGAGGAAGAAGCACAGGAGCGGGCCGCUGGCCCCCUCGAAGGUGCUCUCGGGCCCGGAGCCCACAAAGGACAAUGUGGGGGCCCGGAGCCCCGAGCACUUUGCCCUCGUUCCCCUGACCCAGAGCCAGGGCCCGUCACAGGGCAGCGGCAGCGGAGGCAGCAGGACUAGUGGCUGCCGCCGCGCCGUGGUGGUCCAGGAAGACCGUCGGAAGGACAGGCUCCGGGGGCCUCCGAGAGACCCCAAGCUGCUCCCCCCGCUCAGGGACACAGCUCCCCCACCGAUCUUGAUGGUCAAGAUAACGCUGGACCUUCUUUCUCGGAUACCCCAACUUCCUGGGAAGGGGAGCCGCCAGAAGAGACCAGAGGACAACAAGCAGCCCCCCACAGGGAAGAAGCCUGAUUCCGAGAAGAGAGGCACAGACAAUUCCAGCAAGUUGGCCAAAAAGAGAAAGGGUGAUGCAGAGAAAGACCAUGAUAGCAAGAAAGCCAGACUGGAGAAAGAAACCAGGUCACAGCCAUCGUCUUCAUCCUCCCACAAAGAAAGUUCUAAAACAAGAGCACCCAGGCCCUCCUCUGAGCCCUCAAAGAAGGAACUGCUUCCCCCCCAACAUGUGUCCUCGUCCUCGUCCUCCCAGAAGCUGGCCAAGCCUGCACAGAAGAGGCCGCAGCGGGAGGCGGACCAGGACCCUCCCCCAAGUGCCAGCGGCAGCAAGGGCGGCCACAAAGAGCCCUCGGCCCCGAAGCACCGCAGAGCGGAGGGGAAGGGGUCUGGGAACUGCGCGGAGCACAAAGGAUCUUCUGGAGAUACUGCAAAUCCUUUUCUAGUGCCUUCUUUGCCAAAUGGUAAUUCUAAACCAGGGAAGCCUCCAGUGAAGCUUGACAGACAACAAGCAGAUUUUCACAUGAAGGAGGCCAAAAAGUUGAAGCAAAGAGCAGAGUUAAUGACAGACAAGGUUGGGAAGGCUUUUAAGUACGUGGAGGCCGCCUUGUCCUUUAUCGAGUGUGGGAUCGCCAUGGAGUCGGAGAGCCCGGCGUCCCAGGCGGCUUACUCGGUGUACUCAGAAACCGUAGACCUCAUCAAAUUUAUAAUGUCAUUAAAAUCCUUCUCAGAUGCCUCAGCUCCACAAGAGAAAAUAUUUGCUGUUUUAUGCAUGCGCUGCCAAUCCAUUUUGAACAUGGCGAUGUUUCGUUGUAAAAAAGAUACAGCAAUAAAGUACUCUCGUGCUCUUAAUGAACAUUUCAGCAGUUUUUUCAAAGUUGCCCAGGCACCUUCUCCAUGCAUUGCAAGAAGCACAGGCACACCGUCCCCUCUCUCCCCAAUGCCUUCUGCCAGCUCCGUGGGGUCCCAGUCAAGUGCUGGCGGCGUCGGGAGCAGUGGGAUGCCUGUCACCAUCCAAAACAUGACAUCUUCUUAUGUCACCAUUACUUCCCAUGUCCUUACGGCCUUUGAUCUUUGGGAACAGGCGGAAAUCCUUACGAGGAAGAAUAAAGAGUUUUUUGCUCAGCUCAGCACCAGUGUGUGCGCCUUGGCCCUCAACAGCAGUUUGAUGGAUCUGGUGCACUACACAAGACAGGGUUUUCAGCGGCUAAAACAAGCAACCAAAACACCUUAACGGAGGCCCAAGUUGAGUUGAUGGCUUGGGAACUUUUUUGCACAUUGAAAGCCUCAAAAACAGUUCAGACAUUUGUCUCAUCAGGACACCAAACUCGAGAAGCACCAUGAGAUGGCCAGGACAUUUGUCCACUUACACUUCCAAGAACUUAAGUGAUCGUUGGUUGGACAUGGUGGUUAUGCAGAAGCAGAAUGAGGAGGCUGGCCUCAGAGAUGAUCUUGCCUUUCCUGACUGAAGGACAGAGGUGCAAUGUAGACUUAAGUGGGCAUAUGAGUGGUCUAGAAACAUUUCCAUACUUCUUUAAACCAGCAGGAUGCAAAUUGCAGAUGAAACGAGGAGAAGCAGUUUCAGCUCUGAGAGCAAGUGCUUGUCAUCUCAGUAGCCACCUUAGUCCGUUCCCAGAAGGAAAUUUUUUAAGCAAUGGAUUUUGGUGUAGGGUUUUGUGGAUGAUUUUUUUUUCUUUUAAGUUUAGGGGGGAAAUAUUUGUUUUGUUUGGUAAAUUCUAACGGUCAUCUAUAAAGCAUAAGUUGUGAAGGAGCCCACUGUACCCCACUUUCUGCCCGUGAACAAUCGCUUUGAUAAUACCAAGUAUUGUCAUAAUUUAUAAAAUUGAAGGCAACUCUCCCCAUUCCCAACCUUCCCGUUGCCUGGAGCACCGCCCGUGCCCCCAGCUCGGGUUUCUCCGUCGCUGCUGCAAGUCCGCCUACGCCAGAGCCGCGGAGGGAGGAGCUGCGGCCCGCGGGGAAGCCAUCUUGAGGUCGCAUGCGCAGUGGAGGACACAGCUCUGCCAUCCCCAUCUCCCGCCUCCGUGAAAGGCAGUCACCAUUGACUAGAUUAUGAAUUUUCUACCUUGGGGAAGAAGGGAACCAACAUUUAUACCUGACCAGAUGGCUAAAGUGCUUUUUAAUGUUUGUUUAAGUAGAGCUGGAAUUUGAGGUGCUGAUCUGUGGUCUACAGUUAUGUGGUAACUCAUGUUGUCUAACCAACUCAGAAUUUUGUCAGCAAAGAAAAAAUGAAAUCUACUUCUUAGGCUAUAUUUUUCUGCUACAAAUUAUUUUAUAUUUAUAGCAAAAAGUAGACUUUCUGAGCCCUUGAUUGUCUGGAGUAAAUUAAUUCCCUGAGAGGAUGUGGGGAUUUGGGUGGUUAAUUAGACUUUUAAAAAAAUCGUCACCAUAUGCCUUCACUCCAGAGUGGUCCCAGUCAACUAGAUUUGAUUGGAUUAAAGAGGAGCGGUGGCCUUCCCUGGGUUGUUGCCAUGUUCUAGACGUUUAACCAAGUUCAUGUGGAAUGACCUAAAAUGGAAGAACACAACUAAAACCCCCACAGAACCGUAAGCACAGAGUUUUUAAUUAAAACUUUGAAGGUUAUUGGAAGCAUUAUUUUGAGUGCAGUGUUUUUAAAAGUUAAUUCUUUAUAUCUCUUUUAGAAGUAGAAUUUGCACAUGUACUAAAAUUGAGGAGUGAGUGUUACCUCUGUAGUUGGUUCACUUUUCUCUCCCUUCAUCCCAUUCUGCCCCUCUGCAUUUUGUUUCCUACCAAGAAUGUUUGUCAUUUUCAUAUCAUUAAUGAAGAAGGGAGUAAUGAACAGGUUGAAGGUCCAUAUGAGGAAUGUAAAAUUUGGUCUGUCUUUAAAGGGAUGUGUAGAGGGUGGGAGUAAUUAUUUUUCAUGUGUGAACCGUUUGUGUGAAGCUGUUCCUUCAGUGUCUUUUCUAACCUAUUUUGUUACCAGUAGCUAGUUUAGUUUGUUACCUCAUGUUUAGGUUAAAGCCAGAGAAUUACAACAGUAGUAAUAUCUGAGCAUAAGAAUUUGAUGUGUGAUCUUGAUGGACUGGUUUCCCUUGCUGAUGGAAAACCUUUUGUUAAAUGAACAGUAAUUGCAUGGUGGGUUGUGGCAUUGUGUCCAUCUCAUAAAAUGUGGGAGACCAGACCCCAGAAUCAGGUUUAUGUGGUUAUUUAAUGCCGUUUUUUCCCUUAUUCACUUGGCCUGCGCCCCCCCCCCCCCCCCCCCCCCCCCCCCCCCCCCGCUUCACCCUGCCAUUCCCCAGUGCAAGUCACCUGUCAGUUUGGAAGGGUGUGUUUUUUAGGACAGGUUCUGAUCUAUGCAGAUUGUGUAGGAGUGUGUGUGUGUGUGUGUGUGUGUGUGUGUGUGUGUGUGGUCUGUCCGUGAAAGACAGUGCGCCUGUGACUGAAGACUUUUCUAAGUCAAUUUCUCAGCCACUUGUUAAAAAAAAAAAAACACUUGAUUCCUUU